GAUUGUACCUCGACAAUGGCCCACGGACCUACGGACUACGAGCAUGCGUCAAUCGACGAGCUCAACUCGAUGAUCGACUCGACGGCCGACACGAUUCGCGAGCUUCGGGCUGACAAGUCCAAGAUGGCCGAAGUCGCUCGUCACGUCAAGACUCUCGUAACCUUGCGUCGCCUCGUCAAGGAAGCCCAAGAGAAGGCCGCUGAGAACCAGCUAGUAGCUGACGAUCUGCCGGCAGAGUUGAAGGCUUCCUCUGCAACAGCGUCCACCGUCGGAAUGGAUGACAACCAGGCCGAGUCCAGCGGCCACAAUGACGCUGUUGUGGCAGCCUUGAACGACGAGAAGAAGAAGCUGGAAGCGUCGCUCGAAGCAGCAAAGAAGUCGCACCUCGCGCACACAGCUGCCUUGGAAGAUGAGAAGAAGAAGCUCCAGGCGUCUUUGAAGGAGGCAAAGGAGGCCCACGCCACCGCUGUCGCUGCCCUGCACAAGAACACACAGGAUCUAGAAGCUACGUUGGCCGAGCUCACGGCCGCAAAAGAAGCCCGUGACGCUUCCUCAACCAACAACGAUGCCGAUCGUCAGCGCCUCGCGACUGAGCUGGAGGUCGUCACUGCCAAGCUUAUUGCUCUCGAGACGUCGUACAAGAGCGUCCAGGACGAGCUCUCGCGCGAGUCGCAACGCUAUGCGAUCGAGCUGGAGACGGCUAACAACUUCCACAAGCGCUUCCAGAAUGAUCUCAAGAAGGUGACGCAGGAACGACAGGACCUCGAAAAGAGCUUGAAGACGGCGGCCGAUGACCACGCCUUUGCAAUCCAAGGUUUGGAGGACGCUCUCGCCGCGAGCCGCGCGGAGCUUGAGAAGGAGUCACAGGGCUUUUUUCUCCUCAAGGCCUCCGAGGCAGAUCUGAAGAGACAGCUGGAGACUCUCGAGACGACGCUGCAGGAGCGCCUUGCCGCCGGUAACAAGGCCACAGAAGAGCUUGCUGUUGUCCAACGCCAGCUCAGCCAAACUGAUAUCCUGCUCACGCAAGCGCACCAAGAGCUCGACCGAGAAACGAAGCGCUGGGCCAAGGACCUUGAAGCUGAGAAGUGUGCCCUCGCGCGAGCCCAAGACGAGCUGCGCAAAGUCGUUGAUGCUAAAGCUGACAUUAUCGCGAAGCUCAAGAGCUUGAUGACGGAAGUUGAUACGCUUCGUGCCGCUCUGUCGUCGGCGCUCGCAACCCAGAAGGAAUCAACGGAUGCCAUUGAGAAGUUGCGGGCUGAAGGAGAGACGAGCCGGAGCCUUCUGGCCUCACUCGCAGCCGACUUUCAAGCCCAAAAGACGGACAUUGAGCAGUGGAAGGCGACUGCCGAGGCGUUGACGUCGGACCAGCAGCAACUACUCAUGGAUCUCGACACUGCCAAGGCCGAAGUCCACAUCUUGCAGGAGACGCGCAAGACGGAACAGGCGGACGCCGAAAGCCACAAAGAGCUUCUCUUCGAGACGCAAGCGGCGUCUGAGCUCUUGGCUGCCAAACUCGAGGCCCUUCAAUCCACCCACGCGGCCAUUGUGACGGACAAAAAGGCCCUUGAACUUUCCGUCACAGUCCUCGCAGAAGAGAAGGCGUGUCUUGUCGAGGCCGCUGCGUCGAGUUCUGAAAAGAUUGCCCAUCUGGAGUCUGUGGCAUCGACGUCGGCGUCAGAGGUUGUGUCGCUCAAGACGGAACUUGCGAAAGUCACGAAUGACUACCACGCGCUGCAGCAGUCGUACGCAGUAACUGCUACAGAGAACACGGCCGCCCAAGCGCGGGUUGAGGCUGAGCUCGCUACGGAGAAAGCUCGCUCUGCUGCUGCGAAGAAGGCUGCCGAUCAGGCCACGGUCUUGCGCAAGCUCGCUGAGGCGUCGGCGAGCGGGAUCAAGAAUAAAGUUGCGACACUCGAAGCAGACCUCAAGCAGAAGGAAGUCGAUGCCAAAGAAUGGAAGCAGGCAAGUGCGACGCUCCGCAAAGAAGUUGCGGUGUUGACAGUCGCGAACGACAAGUUGGCCGCCGAAUCCAAGCAGGCGUUGGCCGAAGCCGAGCGGCUGCAUGCAGCGACGGAUGCGAUCAAGGAAGAGUGGAUCCGCUUUCGCAAGGAGAACGGCAAGCUUGCUGAGACGAUUGCCGAGCUGCGCAAGGCGCGCAAGGUCGCCACCGAGGAGACCAAGACGCGUGAACUCCCGGGCGCGCGCACUGCGACGUCGCAGUCGAUGGAACAGCAGCGCAACUUGCUCAUCGCCUUUAUCGUCGUUGUUUUCAUCAGCUGGACCAUGAAGCAAGUUUUGUUCUAGACGCCAAUAAAGCUUUUCAAUAGAAAGACCAAGAAAGGGAAAUAACGUGAAAAUUUCGCCCUUGACCUUUGGUAAACCAUCG